AUGCCUUUGACUUUCUCUGAGCGGCCAAAGAUUGCAGCUUCCAGUGGGCCUGAUGGAAGGGGGGAACUGAAGAUUUAUGAGAAUCUGGAUGAUCUCGCCACGGAUUUUGCCGACUACGUCGCACAAUUAUCAGAAUUAUCUGUGAAGGAAAGGGGUGUAUUUUCCGUCGCUCUCUCUGGAGGAUCCAUCAUCAGCUUGAUGCGGUGGGCGUUUCUUUACUUUAUUUAAUUUCCUAAAUUAUAGUUGACUUGAGACAUUCUGUGGAGCAGGAAGCUCUGCGAAGCUCCUUACAACAGAACCGUUGACUGGACAAAGUGGUAUGUCUUCUGGGCCGACGAGAGAGUGGUCGCCAAGAAUCAUGCGGACAGCAACUACAAGCUCGCAAAAGAUGGGAUUCUAUCCAAGGUAUGAAAAUUUGGUCAACCCCAAAUGCCAAGAUCUGUUUACAUAUCGGCCGAGCUCCUGAAAAUGGGGCAGAAGAAUUAUUAAGCUUGUCGUUUCUGCCAUUAUAUCAUUGAUUUCCGCAUUUAUUGGGCAGCAAGAUGAUAGAAAUUGGUUCAUCCCUUGUAGUGAAGACGACUGUGAUUGACUUUUAGCAUUACAUAGAUUUACUUACUAACAGUAGGAUCACGCAUACAUUGGGACUUUUGUGAAAGUCAGCGCUGACCCGGCAGAAUUUUUCUGCUGUCCGAUGUCUUGAAGAAUCUAUAACUUCGAAUCACUUUAUUUAUUUUUAUUUUUUUUCCCCUAACCAAGGCAUGAAAAAUCUUUCCCCAGCAUGUUCCUCAAAAUGGCCUCGCCCAAGUUGUUACAUCGUCUGAAUUUAUACUGUACAGAAAUGUCAAACGGAUAAAUCGAAGUCAAACCAGGUUUCUUCUUUGGAGGUUAAUCCAGUGUCCCCGAUGAAUUCAACCCUACGACAUGAAUUGGAAGUGCCCAUUUAUCUAGUCAAACAAAUUCUGAGCGCCUUUCUUCGCAUCAUCUGAUCGAUUGGGUUGACUUUUGAAGCAUAGAACUCUGACACGCGGGUAAAAAAAUUUAAAAAAAUCCCAGGUACCGGUGCUCUCCAGCCAUGUGCACUCCAUCAACGACAACCUAUCGGCAGAGGAAGCGGCCGAGGGCUAUGAAUUCAUCCUCCGCCAGCUUGUGAAGAGCCGUACGGUGGACGUCCUGGAGAGCAGAGACUGCCCGAAGUUUGACCUCAUCAUCCUCGGCAUGGGCCCAGACGGACACGUGGCCUCCCUCUUCCCGGGUCAUCCAGCAGUUGACCAGAGGGAGGACUGGGUCACCUACAUCACCGACUCCCCCAAGGCCCCACCGGAGAGGAUCACCUUCACACUGCCGGUGAUCAACUCCGCCGCUAAUGUGGCCAUCGUGGUCACCGGCGAGGCCAAGGCCACGGCGGUGCACCGAGCCAUAGACGCCGCCCCAGAGGAGCUAGAAGCCGCCGCAAUUCCGGCCCGGAUGGUCCAGCCGACAGACGGGAAAUUGGUGUGGUUCUUGGAUCGAUCCGCCGCCUCGAAGCUCCAUUGCGUGCCAUUUGAGGGGGAUUUUUGUGCCUAG